AUGCCGGUGCUGUACCACCUGACGCUGCAGAAGCCCACGGCCAUCACCAAAAUCGCGUAUGGAAAUUUCUCGGGGCCGAAGGUGCACGAAAUCGUGGUGUCCAAGGGGCAAGUGCUGGAGCUGCUAAGGGCGGACAAGCAGGGCAAGCUAAAUCUGAUAGCAUCAAAGGACGUAUUCGGCAUCAUCCGUUGCUUGCAGACGUUUCGGCUGACAGGAAGCAACAAGGAUUAUGUAGUGAUUGGGAGUGACUCAGGGAGGUUAGUGAUUCUUCAGUUUAGUAAUGAGAAAAAUGAUUUCGUGCGAGUGCACUGUGAGACGUACGGUAAGAGUGGCCUUCGGAGAAUCAUACCAGGAGAGUACAUAGCAGUGGAUCCAAAAGGAAGAGCCCUCAUGAUAUGUGCCAUAGAAAGACAGAAAUUUGUGUAUAUUCUAAAUCGAGACACUAAAGAGCAAUUAACUAUUAGCAGCCCCUUAGAUGCACAUAAAUCACACACCAUAUGUCAUGACGUAGUCGGGAUGGACGUUGGAUUUGAAAACCCAAUAUUUGCAUCGAUUGAACAGAAUUACGAAAUGUAUGAUAAGCAGGUAACUAACACAAAUGAGAUCGAUGGAUGUACAAGAAAAACUCUGUUAUGUCUAUGGGAAAUGGAUCUUGGAUUAAAUCAUGUCAUUAGAAAGCAUACGCUCCCUAUUGAUUCGAGUGCACAUUUAUUAAUACCCAUUCCUGGAGGACAACAAGGACCAAGUGGAGUCAUAGUCUGUUGUGAUAAUUAUUUGGUAUACAAAAAGGUGGAACAUGUAGAUGUGUAUUGUGCAUACCCUAGGAGACUCGAAACGGGACAGGAGAAAAAUAUUUCCAUAGUGUGCAGUGCACUUCACAGAAUUAGAAAAUUUUUUUUUAUUCUUAUUCAAUCCGAAUUUGGUGAUCUGUACAAAAUAGAAAUGGAUCAUGAGGAUGGGAUUGUAAAAGAAAUUACUUGCAAAUAUUUCGACACAGUUCCUGUAGCCAACGCUAUAUGUGUGAUGAAGUCCGGCUCUCUCUUUGUAGCAGCUGAAUUUGGGAACCAUUUUUUUUAUCAAUUCUCAGGUAUAGGAGAUGAUGAUAAUGAGGCCAUGUGUACGUCUAAACAUCCCUCAGGAAGGAAUGCUAUCAUUGCAUUUAGGACUAAGAAGCUUACGAAUUUAUUUCUCAUAGAUCAAGUAUAUUCUCUUUCUCCCAUUUUGGAUAUGAAAAUUCUCGAUGCGAAGAAUGCCAACAGUCCUCAAAUUUAUGCCCUGUGUGGUAGGGGCCCUAGGUCAUCUCUUCGCAUUUUGCAACAUGGAUUGAGUAUAGAAGAACUAGCCGAUAAUGAACUACCUGGAAGACCUAAAUUUAUUUGGACUAUUAAAAAAGACAACGCAAGUGACUAUGAUGGGUAUAUCAUUGUUAGCUUUGAAGGAAGUACACUCAUCUUGGAAAUUGGAGAAACAGUGGAGGAGGUUGUAGAUAGUUUACUUCUAACCAAUGUGACAACUAUUCAUGUAAAUAUACUCUACGAUAACACUCUUAUUCAAGUACACGAUACAGGUAUAAGACAUAUAAAUGGCAAAGUCGUACACGAGUGGGUACCUCCUAAAAAUAAGCAAAUCAAAGCAGCCACGUCAAAUAGUACUCAAAUUGUAAUCUCACUUAGUGGAGGAGAGUUAAUCUAUUUCGAAAUUGAUGAGUCACACACUUUAGUAGAAAUAUUUAGGAAAAAUUUAAACGUGGAAACGUUGUGUCUUUCCAUACAACAGGUUGAGGAGAACAAACUGAGAGCCAACUUCCUAGCUGUUGGGUGUUUAGACAAUGUAGUGAGGUUACUCUCCAUCGAAAAGGAAAAAUAUUUCAAUCAGUUAUCCACCUUUAUUUUGCCAAAUAAUUCAUCAGCUCAGGAUAUAUGCAUCUCUCAGAUGUGUGAAUUAGGAAACGAUAAGGAGAGAAAAUUGAUUUUCCUUAACAUCGGUUUGAACAACGGAGUGCUUCUCAGAAGUGUGGUUGAUCCCAUUACAGGUACACUCACUAACCAUUACUCAAAAUAUCUUGGUGCAAAAAAUGUAAAAAUAUGUCCAGUUCAUCUUAAGAAAAACUCAGCUCUUUUAGUGUUAUGUGAAAAGACCUACUUAUGUUAUGUUCACCAGGGAAAAUAUAUUUACUCUCCUUUAAAUUAUGACAUCUUGGAGUAUGCUUCAUCUUUCCAUUCUGAGCAGUGCUCCGAUGGGUAUGUUGCCAUUUCUGGAAGUAGUUUGCGUAUCUUCCGCUUCUACCGCUUAGGGGAAGUGUUCAGCCAAAAUAUUUUGCAUUUAACAUUUACUCCAAGGAAGAUCGUACCUCUUCCCUUCCCUUCUCUCUUUUACGAUCACGACACUUCUAUCGAAAUUGAGCGACAGAAGAACAUCCGAAUGCUCGCCAUCAUCGAGGCUGAUCAUAAUGCUUACGACGAGAAUACGUUGCGCGAAAUUCAAAGAGCACUCAAGGGUAUUCAUCUCGAGGGAGAGGAACAUACAGGUGCGGACGGACCCCCCUCCCACUCUGUUGGGAGCGAUCUGCAGCGGAACCUCCCCAAUGGGGCGCACAAACAGGGACAUUCAGCAAAUCAGCACGUGGACAGACUGGACCAAGCGGGAAACACAGAGAUGGAGAGCGCACUUGUAGAAAACGCGUCGGGUCACCAACACAGGGAAGAGAACGGCGACGCGGGGGAAGAAGAAGGAGAGGAGGAGGAGGAGGAAGAAGAAGAACUGCUGUACGAUCGAAUAGGAACGUUCAAGGCAGGGCCGGGUAAGUGGGGCUCCUGCAUAAAGAUAAUCCACCCAAUCAGUCUGCAAACAAUAGAUAAAAUAUCCCUCGAGAUGGAAGAAGCGGCGUUGAGUGUCUGUGCCUGUGAGCUGGAGGCUCUGCACUGUUUAAUCGUUGGCACGACCACGAACUUGUCCCUAAAAAAUCGAACAGCUCCAGCAGCAGCUCUCCGUGUCUACACCUACGACAUAAAUUACAAACUCAACCUCCUGCACAUAACGCCAGUAGAAGAUCAGCCGUUCUGUUUCUGCCCGUUCAAUGGAAGGCUUUUAGCUUCUAUUGGAAACAAACUCAGAAUAUAUGCACUAGGAAAAAAAAAGUUACUAAAAAAAUGCGAAUAUAAGGAUAUCCCGGAGGCCAUUAUUUCCAUAAAGGUUUCCGGAGAUCGUAUCUUUGCUUCCGACAUCCGAGAGUCCGUUUUAAUUUUUUUUUACGACUCCAAUAUGAACACGUUGAGGUUAAUUUCAGAUGACAUAAUCCCCAGGUGGAUCACCUGCUCCGAGAUUCUCGACCACCACACCAUUAUGGCGGCGGACAAGUUCGACUCCGUCUUUGUGCUGCGGGUGCCCGAGGAGGCCAAGCAGGAGGAGUAUGGCAUAUCGAACAAGUGCUGGUACGGAGGUGAAAUCAUGGCCGGCUCGAACAAGAACAGGCGGCUCGAGCACAUCAUGAGCUUCCACGUCGGAGAAAUAGUCACGUCCCUGCAGAAGGUGAAGCUGUCCCCCACCAGCAGCGAGUGCAUAAUAUAUUCCACAAUCAUGGGGACAAUAGGGGCGUUCAUCCCGUACGACAAUAAGGAGGAGCUGGAGCUGACGCAGCACCUGGAAAUCAUUUUGCGGACGGAGAACCCCCCGCUGUGUGGGCGCGAGCAUAUAUUUUUUCGUUCCUACUACCACCCCGUCCAGCACGUCAUUGACGGAGACCUAUGCGAGCAGUUUUCCAGCCUGCCAUACGACGUCCAAAGGAAAGUAGCAGCCGACUUGGAGAGAACCCCGGAUGACAUUCUGCGAAAGUUGGAAGACAUUCGAAAUAAAAUUCUUUAA